AUGGGGCCGGGAAUUCGGGAAGGUUCCAGUGAGGGCUUCGGCAUCGCGGAGAAGAUCCUGCUGCUCUCCUUCAUCUCCGCCGUCAUCCUCAUGGCCAUCCUGGGCAACCUGCUGGUCAUGGUGGCCGUGUGCCGGGACAGGCAGCUCAGGAAAAUCAAGACCAACUAUUUCAUCGUGUCCCUGGCCUUCGCUGACCUGCUGGUGUCGGUGCUGGUGAUGCCCUUUGGAGCCAUGGAGCUGGUUCAGGACAACUGGAUCUAUGGGGAGAUGUUCUGCCUGGUGAGGACCUCCCUGGACGUGCUGCUGACCACAGCAUCCAUCCUGCACCUCUGCUGCAUCUCCCUGGACAGGUACUAUGCCAUCUGCUGCCAGCCCCUGGUGUACAGGAACAAGAUGACCCCGCUGCGCAUCGCGCUGAUGCUGGGGGGCUGCUGGGUGAUCCCCACCUUCAUCUCCUUCCUCCCCAUCAUGCAGGGCUGGAACAGCAUUGGCAUCAUUGAUCUGAUCCAGCAAAGGCAGUUCAACAAGGCCUCCAACUCCACCUACUGCAUCUUCAUGGUGAACAAGCCCUACGCCAUCACCUGCUCCGUGGUGGCCUUCUACAUCCCCUUCCUGCUGAUGGUGCUGGCCUACCACCGCAUCUACGUGACGGCGCGGGCGCACGCGCGGCAGAUCCGCCUGCUGCAGCGCGCGGGGAACCCGGCCGAGCCCCGCCAGGGCCCCCAGGAACCACGGCAGAGCCUUCAGGAGACACAGCAGGGCCCUCAGGAGACACAUCAGGGCUCUCAGGAACCACGGCAGGGCCCUCAGGAACCACGGCAGGGCCCUCAGGAACCAUGGCGGGGCCUUCACGAGCCAUGGCAACACCCCCAGGAGCCACAUCAGGGCCCUCAGGAGCCACGGCAGCACCCCCCUGACCAGCACAGCAGCCACCGCAUGAAAACAGAGACCAAAGCUGCCAAGACCCUGUGCAUCAUCAUGGGCUGCUUCUGCCUCUGCUGGGCCCCUUUCUUUGUCACCAACAUCGUGGAUCCCUUCAUUAACUACACAGUGCCCGGCAAGAUAUGGACGGCCUUCCUGUGGCUGGGCUACAUCAACUCGGGCUUGAACCCUUUCCUCUACGCCUUCCUCAACAAGGCUUUCAGACGUGCCUUCCUCAUCAUCCUCUGCUGCGGUGACGAGCGCUACCGAAGGCCUUCCAUCCUGGGCCAGACCGUGCCCUGCUCCACCACCACCAUCAACGGCUCCACGCACGUGCUGAGGUACAAGGUUUUACACAACGGGCACCACCAGGAACAAGAGAAGCUUCCCAUCCACCCCGACCCCGAAUCCCAAGAGUCCUGUUUCUAGUCCUGGCCCAGAAGAGGAGGAACAGAAAGGCCUUUUGGGAUAUCCCAAGGAUUCACAGACAGCAGCACUUGAAAAUCCAUCCAUCUGCAUUGUCCUGGUGCCUCCUGCAGUGAAUUCCCAGGAAUGU